AUGGGGAACUUGGAUCACGGAACAUCUCCUGUCGAGGAAUCUCCUAGAUUCUGUGAUUCGUUUUGCUCCGCCAUUGUUCCAAGAAUGGCGACAGUACCGAGGCUGCUGAUAUGGGAGAUCGUGAAGAAGAACAACUCCCUUUUGAUUAAGGAGCUUGGCAACGGCACCGCUAGCGUCAACGCUUCUUCAGGGCCCAAUAAUCUUUGCAACCUCCACUCUUACAAGCAUUUUGGAUUGGCAAACAAGAAGACAGUGACCAUUCAACCAGGAGGCAAAGAUCAGUCUGUGUUGCUUGCUACAACAAAGACCAAGAAACAGAACAGGCCCGCAGCUUUGUAUAACAAGUCUGUCAUGAAGAAGGAGUUCCGUCGAAUGGCCAAGGCUGUUACAAACCAGGUGGCAGAUAACAGGCCUGAUCUGAAGAAGGCUGCUCUGAUACCAUGA